CUUCGGUACCAAGGAGAGCGUACGCUGCGUACCGAUGCUUACUUUGCUCACUGUAAGCCUGCAACACCACUAACUUUAAUAAUUUGUCGGGCACUUUAUUCUUAUUUUUUUCCAUAAAUUGUACACAUUAUAAUGGACAAAUCUGGAUUCUUUCUGCUCUUAAUUUGUCUUUUAUUUCGUAUGAUUGCUUGUGCAUCACUCGACCUCACCGUACGCGCGACGUUCUCCAUUCCUAAUGACAGCUUCCAAAUUCUGAUAUUCAACACGACAUCAACAGCUUCGUAUCCCAUUAUGUAUUAUACACCGGCUGUCACUCUCCUCCCAGAUGCCACGGAAAUCAUGCUAAAUCCCGAAAGCGGCGCCAACUGUGUCUUCAUCGAACUAAAACUGUGGGAUAAAGCAUUCGUGUCGGGUGUUCAGGAUUUCGUCAUAGAGAGUACACAGGAUCCACAAACGGUGAUUGCACCCAUCCCCUUCAAAUGGAUCUUGGUCGCAUACUCGGUGGAUCGUUACAACAUAAGUAUCAAGGACAGUUCGUGGCAGCCGAUUGCCAAUAUGCCACCCACAGUGUCGGUGUGCAUCCGCUGUCCCACACCGGCGGCGUGCAACGAAACCAAAACGGCCAUUCAAACGGACAGCGCCGGUUUUGCCUCUCAUCUGUUCGUGUCCUUCGCCAUGCAGUCACCCGUUUCACGAAAAAUCCCGUUUUGUAUCGACAAGAGCGUCCUUCCUUAUAACGCCAUUUCGGACCUGAUAAUCGAGCGUUCCGCCAUACAGAACUACAUCUUUAUGCGCCCCGGCGAUUAUACAAGUUUUGUUCAGACUCUUAUUCGAAAUGCCGUUGAUCAGGGCCUGGGAACGAAUGAAUUCGUGGGAGCAAAUCAAAUGGAUAAACUUAUAAGCGAAACAUAUAACCUGAUUCCGUAUAAUGCGACAACAGCCGCCAACUUUACCGACGAUAUGUGGGCGGCGCUUUAUUGGGGUGACGGCGAGCGGCCGGAUGAAAAAGCACGGCGACUGCAGACUAUUCUGGGCCAUGCUAGCGCCGGGUUGCUGAAUACGGUUGACGAAAGAGCGGAUGUCAGCCAUCGCAAUGGUUCCCUGAGGUCCGGGGAUUCUCGGUCUGUAGCAAAGGCGGUGGAUGAAAUAAGAUCGUCGAGCGGCGGAAUUUACUGGAACGGUGAUCUAUUAGUAAUCAAGCCAUUUCCAGUAUUUCGUGUUAGUUUAGAAGCGUUCCUCCAGAAAAAGCCGGUGUGCAGUGGAUUUGUCCGCAUCAUGAGCAGUCUCUCCGAUUACGCGGUUACCGCGAAUGCCGGCAAAAGUUUUCCUGAUAAAAAAGGGUUUUCCCCCAGUCAAGUCUGUAAACUAGGUGCGGAAAUCGAUCGCCCCGGUGUCACGCUGGCCGCCGUCCAUUGUCAGAGUCGUAAUGCGGAGAGUUUGUGGGCCUUGUCCAACGCCAGCAUCAUGGUGACUCUCCGAGACGCUAACGACCAAUCGUUGUGUCAGUGGGUCGUGACUACCACUGAGCUUUCGGGUGAAUUCACAUUAACUCUACCACGAACCACUGGCUACUACAGUGUCUUGCUCGAAGCGCGCGGAUAUAAUCCCAUCGUGCUGCGAAACGUUUCGCAUCUGUUGAGCUUCAGCAACGAGGUUUUCAUGGAACCGCUUCUGUUUAUCCCGAAAGAGCGUGGCGGACUUGGAGUAACAAGAGGAACCAUACGACUAUUGAAUGGUAGCCGCACGGAUAACGGUACAGGAAUAGAGAUUCAACUGCGAGCUGGUUUAUACAAUUAUAACGGCCCGAUAGCGGCUACCGCAACAAGCACAAAUGGGUCUUGGUCAGCGGUGCUUCCGACAGGACACUACACAGCGACAGCAACGGUACCUGGAUAUAAUUACACCGCACCACCGUUUACCGUUACAGUGAUCGGCACGUACCGCAGUUAUCGCGACUGGGCGAUGACACCCGUGUUGGAAAGCAGCGAUCUGAGGAUUUUCUUACGAGGAACCCAAAGUUAUCUACACAGCCAGUACGAUGUCAAACUGCUGAUUACGGGGCCGCUGCAAGGCACGACGGCGCGUGGACAAGUGCGCACUAACGCCACCGUUAGCGCCGACGGCCUAAUGCACUACGACUUCAUCGACACGGUCUUCAGUAGCGUCCACAUUCGGAAGCAGUUGGCCGGUAUCUAUCGGAUACAAGUGUACGAAGUCAGCGCAAUGCAAAUAAAAUCGACUGAAGAUUGGGAGUGGAAUUUGGCCAAUUCGCAAUCUAUGGUCCAGAUCUUCCAUGGCGAUGCGUUGUGGGCGCAAUAUUUUGUGCCGAUUAAAAGGGGAAAUAUCUGGACCGUGGCCGAAAUCGAUGGACGGCGUCUCCGUGUUGUAAACGAUAUGCAAACCGUUGUCCCUCCGCCAACUAGCGAUACUUCUAUACAAGAAGAUUAAGCAGCCACAGACAACAAGCCUUAUGCAGCGCCAGGAGAAUUGGUACCGGAAGGAUAGCUGUUGAGAAAUAAUUAUUUCUGCCACUUUGAAGUGGAACCGACUGCUGGCUUGCCCCUGUGUUUGUCUAUCACGCCAUAUUACGAUAUUUUCUUGCAGUUAAGGAAAACGCGUUCGGGGUGUGCCGCCGAAUUCCAAGCUUCUUCCGCUAUGUUGUACAGUACAUGUUAAGGAAAAUAAUCCGGGACGACGUGUGUGUGUAGCGGCUGUGCCGCUUUAGUAUGUAUCUGUAAUCUAUGCACGAGUGCACUUGUUUAAGAUGUACGAGUAGUUGAAAGUUUGAAACUGCCCAGAUCAGGCGCUCAAGCGCAGUCACGGCUAAUGUGAUCAUGUCAUUCUCUGACGUUCUGAGA